AUGCAUUUGAAGACGGCCCUGUUAACCUCAGUCGCUCUGGCGGCCGUUGUUGGGGCUAGCAAGAGUGCCCGCAAUGUCAAUCCAUGUGCCCAGGUCACCAGCUUGAUGACGGAUGCUAGGCAAAAUGAAGAUGAUGCUAAACUCAAGCAUGAUGGCUUCAAGGGCUUGUCGCCUCUCGUAUCCAUCAAUGGUACCGAUGCCGUUACGUACCUUGAAUCAUAUGCUUCGAUGCAAAGUCUUCAUGAUCGUGACGCACAGUACAACCGAGUUUUUCCAGCAUUGGCUCGCAGCGUCACAAAUACUCCCACAAACGUCGAUGGCAUCUGGGCCUCUACUACAGACUGGAGCGAUGGCGGACCGCUCAUUCUCAAAUAUGGCAACGGAACCGUCCAGACAGUGGAGAAGACAGCGACCCCAACAGAGAGAUUCUUUUCUUAUCAUAACGGAACCGAAAUGUAUGCAGCCAAUUGUAUUCCGCGAAUCUUGUCUUCUACUGCAGCUGCCUCCCCAGAAAUGGAGGAGGCUUCAUCUCCGACGGGGUUCCCGAACACCGCUUGGAGCAACUCCGUCAACUCGAUCGCUGGCUAUUAUUCAAACCUCACUGGUCUCGAGGACACUGGCAUUGUAUUUCUUCCGACAUUCUUAUCCAGUGCGCAGGAGGUAGCGCAAGUUGCUAUUGAGUUUUUGCAUAAUGCUGCUAUGGCCGGAAAGAAGAACAUCUUGAUCGAUGUUGCUGCAAACCCAGGCGGAUACAUGGCCAUUGGACUUGACAUGUUUCGAAUCUUUUUCCCAGAUGCCUUCCCCUACACUGCAACGCGUUAUCGGGCCCACGAUGCUGCCAGAUACCUCACCAAAGCGUACUCUCGUGAGAUUACUCUCGACUCGAGUAAUCCAUACGCAUAUCAGCAAAUGGUCAAGCCUGAUCAAACCAGUGGAUUUGGCUCUUGGGAAGAAUUGUACGGGCCACAUGAUAUUUUGGGAAGUCCCUCGUCGAGUUUGUUGGCCAAUUUCAACUAUACUUCUUCGUCAACCAAAACAUCUCCUAUCAACGGCUACGGGUCUGUUCCUCUUGACCCUCCAAAGUCUCUCUUCUCAGCAGAAAAUAUCGUUAUUAUCACCGAUGGAGACUGCGUUUCAACCUGUGCUUCGUUUGUUAAGCUUAUGAAACGCCAAGGUGUACGCACGAUCACCUUUGGUGGUCGGCCCACCGAGUCUCCAAUGCAAGCUGUCGGUGGUGUGAAAGGUGGCCAGUCUUUGGCAGUUCAGUAUAUCAAUGGCUACAUCCAAAAAGCCAACCAGUUGAUUGCAAAGGCAGCCAACACCUCUUCCCCUCUCUUGACACCGGCUGAAUGGAAGAACUUCAACGAGUCAAGCCCAGGUCUCGCUACUCCAUUCAGCUGGAGCGGCAACGUCAAUCUGCGAAACGAGUACGAUCCUGAGGAUGACCAGACCCCGCUGCAAUUUGUUUACGAGGCGGCUGAAUGCCGGCUCUUCUACACAAUAGAAAAUUACCUUCGACGAGAGACUGUGUGGCAAGCUGCCGCCAAGGCAAUGUUUGGUGGUGACAGUUGCGUGAAAGGGUCAACGAAUGGGAAGGGUAGUUUGGAUGCUCCCUGA